AUCCACUUUCAAGCAUCCACUGCCAGCGGGGCAGGGGCAGGUUCACAGGGCCGCAGGCCCGCAGCGGAAUGAAAUGAUACUAAACCACCAUAAAAAAUAUCGCCUCCAUCUGACUUUUCCACUUUCUGUGGAUACUGGAUAUUCCGCGGUCCGAUCUUUCUUCCAAUUAUUAACCCAAAAAAAAAAAAAGCAAAACGCCGGAGGAAAGGAAAGGAAACGACAGAGAUUUUAGAGUUCGGAGAGUAUGGGCCACGGGAGCUCAAAGGAGGACGACUCUUCUUCUUCUUCUUCGGAUGCAGAUACUAAACCUUCGCGCAUCUCUCGGCUGAAGCAGAAACUGCAUCUCCAUCGCCGUCAUCACCACCAUACAAGUGCGUCUUCUCCUCAUCAGAAACUCCAUGCCGCCGAGGAUUUCUCUGGCAUUGCUCUCCUUACUCUGAUUAACGCGGAGAUGAAGUUUAAGGACAAGUGGCUGGCAUGUGUUUCAUUUGGGGAGCAAACGUUUCGAACAAAUAUUUCUGAUCAAACAGACAAACCUAUCUGGAACUGUGAGAGGAAACUUCUUUUGGAAAGAAAUGGACCUCGUGUUGCUAGAAUCUCAGUAUUUGAGACAAAUAGAUUAUCAAAGAAUAAUCUCAUUGGGUACUGUGAGAUCAAUUUACUUGACUAUCUAACACAGGAUUCAGAUUCUGACCUCGAGACAUUUGACCUGCUUGAUCCUGUAUCAUCUGACAAAGUUGUUGGCCAUAUAUGUCUUUCCUGUAAUGUUGAGGAUCCAAUAGAAACAGAGAAAAAUUUUGCAAGACGAAUUUUAUCAAUAAUGGACUACAAUGAAGAUGGAAAGCUUUCGUUCUCUGAGUUUUCCGACUUAAUUAAUGCUUUUGGCAAUAAUGUGGCAGCUAGCAAGGUUUCAGCUGAAGUGAAAGAGAAGCUCUUCAAAGCCGCAGAUAAAAAUGGGGACGGUGUUGUGAGCAUGGAUGAGUUGGCUGAACUUCUUGCUCUUCAACAAGAAAAAGAGCCUAUUAUGAAUUGCUGCCCUGUCUGUGGUGAGAUAGUUGAAGUCUCUGAUAAGCUGAACACUGUGGUUCAUUUGACUUUGUGUUUCGACGAAGGAACUGGUAACCAGGUCAUGACGGGAGGGUUCUUGACUGAGAAACAGGCCUCAUAUGGGUGGAUGUUCAAACUAAGUGAGUGGGCCCAUUUUUCAUCAUACGAUGUUGGUUUGAACUCUGGAUCAAGUGCUUCACAUAUUUUGGUCUGUGAUCGAAAGACAAAGAGGCUGGUAGAAGAACUAAUCGAUGCAAAGAUUGUUCUGUCAAUGAGAGCCAUUUACCAGUCAAAAAUAGGACUUGGCCUUAUAGAUAAAGGAGCAAAGGAGAUCUUGCAAAGCAUCUCAGAGAGGCAAGGAAGACAGAUGAAUUCAGUUGAAUCUGCUAAAGAUAUAUCAAAGUUUGUUGAAUUUUUUGAGGAUCAAAUCAAUAUGGCUGAAGUCAAGUAUCCUUUGGAGCACUUUAAGACAUUUAAUGAAUUUUUCGUGAGAGAGCUAAAGCCUGGAGCAAGACCAAUUGCUUCCUUGGAGCGUGAUGAUGUUGCAGUAUGUGCUGCUGAUAGUCGGUUGAUGGCUUUUAAAUCAGUACAAGAUAGUCUACGAUUUUGGAUCAAGGGUCGAAAGUUUUCGAUUCAAGGUCUUCUGGGGAAAGAAAUCUGUUCAAAUGCUUUUGUUGAUGGAACUUUGGUGAUAUUCAGGUUGGCCCCACAGGACUAUCAUAGGUUUCAUUUUCCAGUUUCUGGCACCAUCGAGCAAUUUGUAAACAUUCCUGGAUGCUUAUACACUGUUAAUCCUAUUGCUGUCAACAGCAAAUAUUGUAAUGUUUUCACAGAGAAUAAACGAGUGGUGUCCAUUAUUUCUACUGAAGAGUUUGGAAAGGUGGCAUUUGUUGCAAUUGGAGCAACUAUGGUUGGUAGCAUUACUUUCGUGAAGAAGGAAGGUGACAUUGUCAAAAAGGGAGAUGAGUUUGGAUAUUUCUCUUUUGGGGGGAGCACAGUGAUCUGUGUCUUUGAAAAGGAUGCAAUUGAGAUAGAUGAUGACCUCAUAGUUAACAGUGGAAGAUCACUUGAGACGCUAGUCUCUGUUGGAAUGACAUUGGGUGUCUCCAUAAAGAAGCCAGCUGGAGCAGGUUUGCCAAACUUGGAAAGCUGUGUUUUGGGGGAUUGAGUUUGCCCCCCAGUUGCAAAUAUCUGUAAUAUUUUGUGGCUAUAACUCUACUUUCAUAACUGUAAUAACUGGUGGAAAAUGUUUCUGGUAUUCUAGUUAUGAUGCUGGUUACUGAAUUGUAGAUUUCAUGCUUGGAUUUGGAAGGAAAACUGUCAUCUGAGUUCUUAGUUGUUUAGAAUAAAAUUAUGACCUCUAUGGGUAUUUUUC